AUGCACCUCCCACCCAGCCGUCGCUCUCCCUCCCAUCCCCCGUAUCCUCUUUCGCCCUCCUCGCCGUCGCCUCUCCCCCUUCCCGCCGUCGCCUCUCCUCCUCCCCGCCGUCGCCUCUCCCUCCUCCCCACCGUCGCCUCUCCUCCUUCCCGCCGUCGUCGCCUCCCCCUCCUCCCCGCCGUCGCCUCCCCUCCUUCCCGCCGUCGCCUCUCCUCCCCCCGUCGUCGCCUCCCCCUCCUCCCCGCCGUCGCCUCCCCUCCUCCCCGCCGUCGCCUCACCCUACUCCCCGCCGUCGCCUCCCCCUCCUCCCCGCCGUCGCCUCACCCUCCUCCCCGCCGUCGCCUCCCCCUCCUCCCCGCCGUCGCCUCCCCCUCCUCCCCGCCGUCGCCUCCCCCUCCUCCCCGCCGUCGCCUCCCCCUCCUCCCCGCCGUCGCCUCCCCCUCCUCCCCGCCGUCGCCUCCCCCUCCUCCCCGCCGUCGCCUCCCCCUCCUCCCCGCCGUCGCCUCCUCCUCCUCCCCGCCGUCGCCUCCCCCUCCUCCCCGCCGUCGCCUCACCCUCCUCCUUGCCGUCGCGUCACCCUCCUCCCCGCCGUCGCGUCACCCUCCUCCCCGCCGUCGCCUCACCCUCCUCCCCACCGUCGCCUCCUCCUCCUCCCCGCCGUCGCCUCCCCCUCCUCCCCGCCGUCGCCUCACCCUCCUCCCCGCCGUCGCGUCACCCUCCUCCCCGCCGUCUCCUCCGGCGACAGCUCUCUUCGUGAAGAAAGGGAGAGACGCGGAGCGCGAGGAAGAGCGAGUGCACGGGAGCGCACGCACAGGAGAGUGCGCGUGA